CUCCUGGAAGCCCAUUGACUGACUCCAGCAGCUUCAAUUGGCCACACUCUGCCUCUUCAGGAGGCCCUGGAGGUAUAAAUAACAAAACAAACCAGGCAGGCCCGUUUGGCCCUGUGGAUGGCGCCUGGACCCACUGAUAAUCCCCAAGGACAAUGACACGCAUGCUGGACCUGGGCCUGUUUCUGGCAGGCCUCCUCACUGUGAAAGGUCUCCUGCAGUACAGAGAUGCUCUAGAUAUGUAUAACUCUCCAGUCAGGGUCCAAGAGUGGAGGGGCAAGAAGGAUGCCCGGCAGCUUGCUCGACACAACAUGGAAUUUGGCUUCAAACUACUGCAGAGGCUGGCCAGCAAUAGCCCUCGGGGAAACAUCUUCCUAUCCCCACUGAGCAUCUCCACUGCCUUCUCCAUGCUGUCUCUCGGGGCCCAGAACUCCACACUGGAGGAAAUCCGGGAGGGCUUCAACUUCAAAGAGAUGACAGACAGGGACGUCCACGUGGCUUUCCACUACCUUCUCCACAAGCUCAACCAGGAGACGGAGGACACAAAGAUGAGCUUAGGCAAUGCUUUAUUUAUGGACCAGAAGCUGAGGCCCCAACAGAGGUUCCUGAACCUGGCUAGGAAUGUGUAUGAUGCAGACAUGGUGCUCACUAACUUCCAGGACUUAGAAAACACUCAGAAGGAUAUCAACAGAUACAUCAGUCGGAAAACCCACAGCAGAAUCAAAAACAUGGUAAAAAGCAUAGACCCAGGCACCGUGAUGAUUCUCACAAAUUAUAUUUACUUUCGAGGCAGGUGGCAGUAUGAAUUCGACCCAAAACAAACCAAGGAGGAGGACUUCUUCAUAGAGGAAGGCAAGACCGUGAAGGUGCCCAUGAUGUUCCAAAGGGGCUUGUUCGACAUGGCCUAUGACAGCCAGCUCUCCUGCACCAUCUUGGAAAUCCCCUACCGGGGAAACAUCACAGCCACAUUUGUCCUUCCUGACAAUGGCAAGCUGAAGCUGCUGGAGCAGGGGUUGCAGGCAGACAUCUUUGCCAAGUGGAAAAGCCUUCUCUCAAAAAGAGUGGUGGAUGUGUGGGUGCCCAAGCUCCGCAUCUCGUCUACUUAUAACAUGAAGACGGUUCUGUCCCGCCUGGGCAUCAGCAAAAUCUUUGAGGAGAAUGGUGACCUCACCCGGAUCUCAUCUCAUCGAAGCCUGAAGGUGGGAGAGGCUGUGCACAAGGCUGAACUGAAGAUGGAUGAGAAAGGCACGGAAGGGGCUGCAGGCUCUGGAGCCCAGACACUGCCCAUGGAGACCCCACGACAUAUGAAGCUAGACAGACCCUUCCUCAUGAUGAUCUAUGAGAAUUUCAUGCCUUCCAUGGUCUUCUUGGCAAGAAUUUAUGACCCUAGUGAGUAAUAAAGGAGCAUUCCCUGUUGGCUUCAGAC